UUACGAGCAGCACUGAAAGACGAGUGAUAAAUACGGCGGGUUUGAGCUGAAGCGCUUCUGAGUGUCGCUAUGAUCACUUUGGCUGUUGGACUCCUCUACGUUUACGCGCUGGGCAGCGGCAGGGUGGCGCGCGCCAGCGCUCAGGCGAAGGGCAGCCGCUUCGUGUGCACGGCGGUGCCCCCUGGCGCGGACCUCAGCUGCCCGGUGGAGACCACGAACCGCGUGCAGAGCGCGAGCCCGCAGGAGGACGAGUUCAGGAGCACGAUCAUCCAGCUGCGCGAGACCGUCCUGCAGCAGAAAGAGACCAUCGUGAGCCAGCAGGGCACCAUCAAGGAGCUCAACGCCAAACUCUCCCGCUGCGAGGCCGCCGCUCAGGAUGCGCGCGACAGCAAGGCGCGAGGAGGCGCGCGCAGGAAGGACUACGGGAAAAACACGAUGGGGGACCUCCCGCGCGACCCCACUGAGACCAUCGAGCAGCUGGGGAAGACCAUGCAGAGUCUGAAGGACCGGCUGGAGAACUUGGAGCAGCAGCAGCUGCGUGCCAACAUGUCAGGUGCGGCUUUCCCCAAUGAGUUGCGCGACCUGCUGAAGCGGCGGCUUGGUGACCUAGAGAGCCAGCUCCUGAGGAGAGUGGCUGAGCUGGAGGAGGAGAAGAGCCAGCUUUACAAUGAGACGGCGGCCCACCGCCAGCGUACAGAGAACACCCUCAACUCGCUGCUGGAGAGGAUCACCGAGCUGGAACGAAGUAACAGUGCGUUUAAAUCCCCAGAGGACUUCAAGAUAUCUCUGCCUCUACGCACAAAUUACCUAUACGGCCGCAUCAAGAAGAGUCUACCAGAGAUGUACGCCUUUACCGUGUGCAUGUGGCUCAAGUCUAGCGCUAGUCCUGGCAUUGGAACUCCAUUCUCCUAUGGUGUCCCUGGACAGGCCAAUGAGAUUGUACUGAUAGAAUGGGGAAAUAACCCCAUCGAGCUACUUGUCAAUGACAAGGUAGCUCAGCUGCCUCUGUCUGUGAGCGAUGGCCGAUGGCAUCACAUCUGCAUCACCUGGACAACCAGAGAUGGCUUCUGGGAGGCCUAUCAGGAUGGAGAGAGGCUAGGCACUGGGGAGAACCUGGCCCCAUGGCACCCAAUUAAACCUGGAGGAGUGAUCAUUCUAGGUCAAGAACAGGACAUUGUUGGAGGGAGGUUUGAUGCAACGCAAGCUUUUGUUGGAGAACUGAGCCACUUCAACAUGUGGGAUCGAGUUUUGCGACCGAUAGACAUCUCAGGCAUGGCCAACUGCUCGGCCUACAUGCCUGGCAACGUCGUGCCCUGGAUAGAUGGCAACGUAGAGGUGUUCGGAGGAGCCACAAAAGCAGCCCUGGAGAUUUGUGAGGACCGUCUCUUUGACUCGUAAGAUCAAGUUUGCUCGUUUGGAUCCAUUAUUAUUUUUCUGAGGUAAAACACCUCGUCAUGCUGCUUCUGGACUGUCAUGGAGGGACACGGUAAUGUGAUGAAACAGUAUUCACUGUGCUUACAAGCAUUCUCUCUGGCUGAUUUCUGCUUCUUUCUGCUGUUUUUUGUUAAGGUUUUAAUGUCAGCAAGGUCAAUGAUUGAAGUAAUCGUGAUAUGUGAUGUUUAAAAAAAAACUCAGCUUGCACAUUCAAGGUUAAGAAUACUUGAAUACUCUAGCUUAUCCAAGCUUCGGUCUCUUGUUGAUGUUAGGUAUGCUUUUGUGUUGCACAUGUCCUUCAGAAUCCUGGGUUCAUUCUAAAAACUUUAAGAACAGCGUGGACUGGAUUGUGAAGUCCAAACUGCAUGAAGGUUACAUUUAAUUUAGUUUUGAGUCCAAUAUACUCAUUAAAAGAAACAUUUUAAACACAUUCAUUAAACUGACUGAACCUAAAAUAGGGCUUGAGCACAAAGACUGGGCUGUCUAUAACAUGUGAAUGAA